UGACAUAGGAUGACCCCUGCUGGUCCCCUCUUACUGUCUGUGAUAUCGUCUCUCUUGUGGCUAACGUGGGGCUUCGACCCAGCUCCCAGCGCCUGCUCAGCUCUGGCCUCCGGGGUUCUCUACGGCUCGUUCUCGCUCAAGGACCUCUUCCCCACCAUCGCCACCGGCUGCUCGUGGACCCUGGAGAACCCCGACCCCACCAAGUACUCCCUGUACCUCAAGUUCAACCGGGAGGAGCAGGUGUGCACCCACUUCUCCCCCAUGGUGCUGCCACUCGACCAUUACCUCGCCAACCUCACCUGCGGCCCGCAGGGCGACGCGGGGCCGCCCCCACGGGGCCAGGAGGACGGGGAGGAGGAAGGGGAGGCCCGGCUGGAGCUGUGCCAGGGCGCCAGCCCCAUCACCUUCCUGCACUUUGACAAGAACUUCGUGCAACUGUGCCUGGCCGCCGAGCCCGAGGCGGCGCCCCGGCUGCUGGCCCCCGACGCCCUGGAGUUUCGCUUUGUGGAGGUGCUGCUCAUCAACAACAACAACUCCAGCCAGUUCACCUGCGGGGUGCUGUGCCGCUGGUUCGAGGAGUGCCUGCGGCUCGGGGAGCGGGGGGCGCGGCGCUGCGGCCUCACCCAGGCGGGCUGCAGCUGCCAGGCCGAGGCCCCGCCGGCGCCCCGGCAAAACGAGACGCUCUCCAACGCCCUGCCGCCAGCCGGCGCCCCGGCCGCCACCAGCAGCAGCCAGUGCUGCGUGACCGAGCUGCAUUCUGGGAAUGCGAAUGAUUUAUACGCGCCGGAGAUUAAAUAUGGCGAUGAUGUGGAAGAGAAUCAGAAGGUGAAAACUCAGUGGCCGAGGUCGGCGGACGAACCUGGGGUUUAUAUGGCCCAGACAGGAGACCCCGCCGCGGAGGAGUGGUCCCAGUGGAGCGUCUGCUCCCUGACGUGUGGGCAGGGCUCCCAGGUGCGCACACGCUCCUGUGUCUCGUCUCCCUAUGGGACGCUGUGCAGCGGGCUGCUGCGGGAGACGCGGAUAUGCAAUAACACCGCCACCUGCCCAGUGCACGGCCUGUGGGAGGAGUGGUCCCCGUGGAGUCUGUGCUCCGUGACCUGCGGGCGAGGGGCCAGGACGAGAACCCGGCAGUGCGUAGCCCCGCAGCACGGCGGGAAGGCCUGCGAGGGCCCCGAGGUGCAGACUAAGCCCUGCAAUAUCGCAAUCUGCCCUGUGGAAGGUCAGUGGCUGGAGUGGGGCUCGUGGAGCCGGUGCUCGGUGUCGUGUUCCAACGGGACCCAGCAGCGCACGCGCAAAUGCAGCGUCUCGGGCCACGGCUGGGCGGAGUGCAAAGGAGCCCACGCCGACGCCAGGGAGUGCACCAGCCCUGACUGCCCAACCGAUGGCAAGUGGGGCCCGUGGAACCACUGGAGCUUGUGCUCCAAGACGUGCGACACGGGCUGGCAGAGACGUUUCCGGAUGUGCCAGGGCACGGGCAUGCAAGGCUACCCGUGUGAGGGCUCCGGAGAGGAGGUCAAGACGUGCAACGAGAAGAAGUGCCCAGCCUACCACGAAAUGUGCAAGGAUGAGUACGUCCUGCUGAUGACCUGGAAGAAGACGGCCGCUGGCGAGAUCAUCUACAACAAGUGCCCACCCAACGCCACCGGAUCCGCCAGCCGCCGGUGCCUGCUGAACGCCCACGGGGUGGCGUACUGGGGCGUGCCCAGCUUUGCCCGGUGCAUCUCGCACGAGUACAGAUACUUACAUCUCUCACUGCGGGAGCACCUGGCCAAGGGGCAGCGCAUGCUGGCGGGCGAGGGCAUGUCGCAGGUGGUGCAGAGCCUGCUGGAGCUGAUGGCCCGCAGGACGUACUACAGCGGGGACCUGCUCUUCUCGGUGGAGAUCCUGCGCAACGUCACCGACACCUUCAAGAGGGCCACCUACGUCCCCUCCUCCGACGACGUGCAGCGCUUCUUCCAGGUGGUCAGCUACAUGGUGGACUUGGAGAACAGAGACAAGUGGGAGGACGCCCAGCAGGUGUCCCCUGGCUCCGUGCACCUCAUGAAGGUGGUGGAAGAUUUCAUCCAUCUGGUGGGGGACGCGCUGAAGGCCUUCCAGAGCUCCCUCGUGGUUACCGACAACCUGGUGAUCAGCAUCCAGAGAGAGCCCGUCUCGGCCGUCUCCAGCGACAUCAACUUCCCCAUGAAGGGGCGCCGGGGCAUGAAGGACUGGGCCCGCCACUCGGAGGAUAAGCUCUUCAUCCCCAAGUCGGUGUUGAGCCUCUCCUCCUCUGCGGAGCCGGGCCCCAGGGACGGAUGCCGGCCCCUGUUCACCGUUGCUCUGUCCCCUUCCCUUCUCUCUGCAGAAAUGGACGAGUCGUCGUACUUUGUGAUCGGGGCCAUCCUGUACCGCACUCUGGGGCUCAUCUUACCUCCUCCCAGGAGCCCCUUGGCCGUCACGUCCCGAGUGCUCACCGUGACCGUGCGCCCGCCGACCAAGCCCACGGAGCCCCUGAUCUCAGUGGAGCUGUCCCACAUGCUCAAUGGCACCUCGCACCCGCAGUGCGUCACCUGGGACUACUCCAAAGCGGAUGCGGGCUCUGGAAACUGGGACACCGAGAGCUGCCAAACGCUGGAGACCCUCCCGGCUCACACCAAAUGCCUGUGUAGCCACCUCUCCACCUACGCCGUCCUCGCCCAGCUGCCCAAGGACCUGGCCAUGGACCCCUCCGGCACUCCCUCCGUCCCGCUCAUGAUCGGCUGUGCCGUCUCCUGUAUGGCCCUGCUGACCCUGCUGGUGAUCUACGCCACCUUCUGGAGGUUCAUCAAGUCGGAGCGCUCCAUCAUCCUGCUGAAUUUCUGCGUCUCCAUCCUGGCUUCCAACGUGCUGAUCCUGGUGGGCCAAUCCCAUAUGCUCAGUAAGGGCGUGUGCACCAUGACAGCCGCAUUUCUGCAUUUCUUCUUCCUCUCAUCCUUCUGCUGGGUGCUGACCGAGGCCUGGCAGUCCUACCUGGCCGUGAUCGGCAGGAUCCGCACACGCCUGGUCAGGAAGCGCUUCCUGUGCCUGGGAUGGGGUUUGCCGGCCCUGGUGGUUGCAGUCUCUGUCGGCUUCACUCGGACCAAAGGCUACGGAACAGCGAGCUACUGCUGGCUCUCCCUGGAAGGCGGGUUGCUCUAUGCCUUCGUCGGCCCCGCUGCCGUCAUCGUGCUGGUGAACAUGCUCAUUGGGAUCAUUGUCUUCAACAAGCUCAUGUCUCGGGACGGCAUUUCAGAUAAGUCCAAAAAGCAGCGGGCCGGCUGGAAGCAGCCCGCCUGCGGCCGCCUGCUACUGAAAUGCACCAAAUGCGGCGUGGUGUCCAGCACCGCCCUGACCUCCGCCACUGCCAGCAGCGCCAUGGCAUCGCUGUGGAGCUCCUGCGUGGUCCUGCCCCUGCUGGCGCUCACCUGGAUGUCGGCCGUGCUCGCCAUGACCGACCGGCGCUCCAUCCUCUUCCAGGUCCUCUUCGCCGUCUUCAACUCGGUGCAGGGCUUCGUCAUCAUCACCGUGCACUGCUUCCUACGCCGAGAGGUGCAGGAUGUCGUGAAGUGCCAGAUCGGGGUGUGCAAGAGCGACGAGAACGAGAACUCGCCCGACUCCUGCAAGAACGGACAGGUGCAGAUCAUGACAGACUUUGAAAAGGAUGUUGACCUGGCGUGUCAGACAGUCCUCUUCAAGGAGGUGAACGCGUGCAACCCCGCCACCAUCACGGGCACCUUGUCGCGCAUCUCCCUGGAUGGCGACGAGGAUCCCAAGCUCCACCCCGGCUCCGAGGGAAGCCUGGGCUUCUCCAGCCUCCCGGGGAACAUCCCGCCCGCCAACAUCCUGGUGCAGGUGCCCACGCUGACGCAUAAGGGCCUGAACGAACUCAGCGACCCACCCGCCAAGAAGGACGUCAACCUGGACAGCCGGGGGCCCGUCUACCUGUGCACGGACAGCAACCUGCGGCAGGCCAACUAUGGCUGGAUGCGGGCGCCGGAGCCGGCGCUGGAGAGCGACUACAUGGUGCUGCCCCGCCGGACUGUGAGCCUCAAGCCCUUCGGCAGGGAGGAGGGCAGGCUCAACAUCAAGGUGGAUGAGGUGCCACACGUGGGCAAGGGGCGCCGUGGGGCCGAGGCGGAGGCCUACCCCGGCUUCGUCUCGGUGGACCACAUCAAUGUGAACUUCAACCAGCCCUACGGGACGGUGAAGCACCCGUACGGCCUUCAGUUCAAGCAGCACCCCACGGUCCGGCAGAUCCUGGCCUCGGAGCUCACGGAGCGUAGCCGCACCAUGCCGCGCACGGUGCCGGGCUCCACCCUGAAAGUGGGGUCGCUCGAGAGGAAGCGGUUACGAUACUCAGAUCUGGAUUUCGAGAAAGUCAUGCACACGAGGAAGCGCCACUCCGAACUCUACCAUGAGCUGAACCAGAAAUUCCACACGAUGGAUCGGUACCGGGCACCUGCUACCAAAGCUGCCAAGAGAGAGAAGCGGUGGAGCGUCUCUUCCGGCGGCGGGGAGAAGAGCGCAUCCAGCACAGACAGCCCCAGUCCCCCAGAAGUGACCAGUCCGGAGGAGCAGCAGCAGCAGAAGAGCUGGAGCACCUUCAAGGCCAUGACGCUCAGCUCCCUGCCCCCCAAGCAGCGGGAGAAGCUGGAGCUGCACUGCGCCACCUGGGAGCCCCCGUGCAUGAACCUGGACGUGUCAGAAGGGGAUUUCCAGACGGAGGUGUGA